GCGACCGAGUAACCGGUAGGCGGUAACCCACUGAGUCAGUAUUUUCGGCACAAAGAAUAAUCCGCUCGGAAAUUCCCCUGCUUAUUGCUACUGGACUGGCUCACACUGGCCUUUCUCCGUACGAAACGACAGCAUCAGCCACAGCGUACGCGUCGCGUCUAAAUUAUUAGUAAUUCUCCUUUAUUGUGUGACAAAUACUCGAACAGUCUCCGGCGUUAGAGAGAUCAGCUUUUACAUUGCCGGCGAAUCUACAGUGAGGUUGAUCAAAUCUGACGCAACAACCACCACUAAGUAGUAUAAUAGGAGCGGGUUGCAAAAAGAAAACGGAGAGAACAUUGAUCGAGCGUGGGUGGGUGUAAAAGAGAAUGGCUUCAACUGAGGGUCUGGUGCCCAUAACGAGGUCAUUCUUGGCGUCUUACUACGAUAAGUACCUGUUCCCUCCUCUAUCGGAUGAUGUCUCUCGCCUCUCUGCUGAAAUUCGUUCCCUGUCCGGCGAUCUGCUCAAGGAUUCCCCGCCCUCCCAAGGGGAAACAUUAUUGAUACGUGAGUCUGAAAAGCAGCCUCCGCAUAAAAUUGACGAGAAUCUCUGGAAGAAUAGAGAACAAAUUGAAGAGAUCAUAUAUCUGCUGGAAACCUCUAAUUGGCCGACAUCGCUUCAGCAACAGUUGACGGGUGAACAUACUGAACUUGUUUCUCUUCUUUCUCGGCUAAAAGAAAAAUUUGAAAGUAUCUUCAAGCUUUUGGAACAUUUUCAGUCCAGAAAUUCAGAGUUUGUAUUCAAUACAGUUAUGACCUAUAUGCCACAAGAUUUUCGAGGCACGCUAAUAAGGCAACAGAGAGAGCGCUCUGAGAGGAAUAAACAGGCUGAGAUUGAAGCUUUAGUUAAUUCCGGUGGAACUAUACGUGAUAGAUAUGCUCUGCUUUGGAAACAGCAGAUGGAACGAAGGAGACAGUUAGCCCAGCUCGGUUCUGCCACGGGUGUAUAUAAGACCCUUGUGAAGUACUUAGUGGGUGUUCCGCAGGUUUUGCUGGAUUUUAUUCGGCAAAUAAAUGAUGAUCAGGGGCCCAUGGAAGAGCAGCGACAUAGGUAUGGACCACCUUUGUACACCCUUACAACCAUGGUUCUUAACAUACGGCUUUUCCUCCUCCUGUUGUGGGGACACUUUGAGGCUCAAAAAGUACAGGGGAACCAGAUAUCUGUCUUGGAAGCAGCUGUUGAUGUCUAUACCUCUGAAUUUGAAAGAUUUAUAAGUUUUAUUGGGGAAGUUUUUGCAAAUUCCCCCUUUUUUAUUACAGCCGAGGAUGCAGGUGCCCUAGAAGCGAGGAAUAACGAUGACUUCAAGGAAAUAAACAUACCCGCUGGCAAAAUUUAUGAGGUUUCAUUGUCAGUGGAUUCUAUAAAUUCGUACAUUGGUUGGGACUUCUCAUUGGUUCAAGGUCGAAUGAAUAUGGACAUUGGGUUCAGUGUAGAAUACACAGAUGCGGCUGGACAAAAAACUCUUAUCUUGCCCUAUGGCCGAUAUGAAUCUGACCAAGGUAACUUCUGCACAUGCAUGGCUGGGAACUACAGGCUUGUCUGGGAUAAUUCGUUCUCAGCAUUUUUCGGGAAGGUUCUGCGUUACAAAGUUGACUGUAUUCCUCCAGUUGUGGAGCCGGUUAGCAGCUGAUCAAAUGGAAGAAUGAGAACGAUUCUAUAUGUUGAUUGAUCAAAAUAUAUUUGUCAAGUUUGUUCGUAUUAAUUUUUCACUCAACAGGCCGUCUGACCCUCCCUCCUCACCUUGAACAAAGCAGAAUGGAAGAAAUUUAAAUACUCUGGAGUUUGAAAAACUUUGCAAACAUAAUUAAUUCUUUAGAGUUAAACGAGGAAGCUUGGGACGUGGGUCUCUCUCUCA